AAAACAAGAAAAGACCCUCAAAUAAUCAGCUGGGUGAAUUGUUGAAUGGCUGCUUUUUAAUCUUUCACGAGAACGUCAGUUAUAAAUCAGUAACUUAUUGUAGUGAUCACGAAGUUUCAAAAUGAAGAUCUACAUCUUCAUUGCGCUUGUGGCGUUAUUCGCCAUCACAAAUGGAGUAUUUGUUCCUCCUCGUCCCGGACAUAAGAAACAUCUUCUAGGGGCAAAAGAAUGCACUUGGGGUCCAGGAUACUGGUGUCAGAAUAUAACAACAUCUGCUGCUUGCCAUGCUACCAAACAUUGCAUUGAUACCGUUUGGGUACACCUCCAACUUCCCCCAGAUGAUUCUAGCGUCUGCCAGACAUGUAAGGAUAUGGUACAACAAGCUAGAGAUCAACUGUUGAGUAAUGAUACACAGGAACUCAUUAAAGAAGUAUUUGAGGGCUCAUGUGCGUUACUACACAUAAAACCAAUCGUUAAGGAGUGCGACAAAAUCGCCGACGAAUAUAUACCCGAGUUAAUCGACACUUUGGCUUCUCAAAUGAAUCCUCAAGUGGUUUGUUCAGUAGCAGGCCUUUGCAACAGUGCUAAAAUCCAAAAAAUGCUCGCUGACUCCAAACUCAACAGCGCUGACGAUAAAACUAUUGCACCAGUGAAUCCAGACAAAUCUGAUCCAUGUGAAGGAUGUCAUUCUGUUGUGAAAGUGAUGGAAACUAAAUUCAAUCAGAUGUCUAGAGAUGAUGUUUUACAAGCAUUUUUGCACGUAUGCGGAAAACUUAGUACCCUGUCAGACGCUUGCAGUAACAUUGUUCUUACAUACUUUACCGAAAUUUAUCAGCACAUUCAACAAAAUUUCAACCCAACUGACGUCUGCCUUAUGGCUGGAGAAUGCAGUGCGCAGUUCCACACUCAUAACAUUGAAAUUACACCAAUGUCCCAUGUCGGUUACGUAUAUCCAAAGGGUGACGAUCUUCCUUGCGAUUUGUGCGAACAACUCGUAGGCCAUUUGCGUGAUUUAUUGGUUGCCAACACCACCGAAAGUGAGUUCAAACGUGUAUUGGAAGGUCUUUGCAAGCAAACCAAAUCGUUUGCCAAUGAAUGCUUGAGCAUCGUUGACGAAUACUACAGCGUUAUUUACAGCUAUCUCGUCAAUGAAAUGAAACCCAAAGAGAUGUGUACUUUAAUCAACAUUUGUCCUAGAUCAGAGGGAGAUAAAGUAGACAUUAAACCUUUGGUACCAAUUGAAACUGCUCAAGCAGCCAAUCAACAAGGACCACUACCUAAACAACCUUUGGUUCACAUUAACAUAGGAGGAGGACAAUUGGAUGCACGACCUGAAACUGCCCAAUUACCUAUUGAGUUGCUUAUGCCACCGCACAUCCAGAACAUUUACAGCAAGGAAACUUGCUUGUUCUGUGAAUACUUUUUACACUUUGUUCAGGAAUCCAUUACUGAUCCGAAAACGGAGGCUAGUAUCAAGACGAUUAUUGAUGGCGCCUGUGAAAGACUUCCUCCUUCCAUCAAUAGCACCUGUGUCCAAUUCGUAGACAUGUACGAACCGGCAAUGAUAGCUUUGUUGGCUCAAGAGAUCGAUCCGUCAGUUGUCUGUCCACUGAUCAAGGCAUGUCCUAAUAGUAACAGCAGCCAAGAUGUUGAAGUUUUUAUGGAACAAGAAAACGACAGCCCCAAAUGUCCAUUGUGCUUAUAUGCUGUUUCAAAAUUGGAGAGUAUGGUUAAAGAUAAAAAGACUGAGGAUAACAUUAGGGCCAAUCUCAAGAAACUGUGUAAACACUUACCAGGCAGUCUAGCACCAGAAUGCAAUGACUUUGUCGAAACCUACACAAACGAGCUAGUUGAAAUGCUGAUGGCUGACCUACAACCAAAUGAGGUUUGCAUUUACAUUAAAUUGUGUCCAGACGAUUCUCCAAAAGUGGCGUCCAACAAUGUGAUGCCUAUUAUCGAUAUCGAUGCUAACUUUGCAGCUGUUGGUGGUGACAUCAGAACGAAUAUAAUCCCAGACGAUACCAUUAACGGUCAAUCAUUGGACGCCGCAGGUUCUAAACCGCAAUGUGUCAUGUGCGAAUUUGUCAUGAAAGAAAUUGAGGAUCAAUUGAAAGAUAAUAAAACAGAAGAAGAAAUUAAAAAUAUUGUUUAUGGAAUCUGCAAGAUUAUGCCCAAAUCUGUACGCCCAGAAUGUCAGGAUUUCGUCAAUACAUAUGCUGAUACAGUCAUUCAGUUGUUGAUUCAAGCUUUGGAACCCAGUCAAAUUUGUUCCAUGAUACACUUGUGCCAGGAUAAGUACAUGACAAUAUUACAAGGUGAAAUUAUGGAAUGCGCAGUGUGCGAAGGCGCAUUGGAAGCUAUGGUGAAAAUACUAAAUAAUCCAAAAGCUGAUCAUGCUGUGGAACACGUGUUGGAGAAGACAUGCCGUGCAUUACCCAAAAAAUUUAGAAACCAGUGUAAUAAACUUGUAAAGGAAAAAGGAAUCCAUUUGUAUAAAGGAAUUAAGGAAAAUAAAAAUAAAGAAGAUAUUUGUAAUUCAUUUAAACAGUGCAUUUCACAAUUAUUAAGUACAUUUAGAUCAAAAAGAUCUCAAGUAGGAACUAAUGUAUGCACUCGAGGUCCUGGUUAUUGGUGUCAAAAUGAGCAAACUGCCAACGAAUGUAAUACCCUUGAGAUUUGUCGCACUCGUUACUGGAAUACAAGAUCCAAAAGAUCUCCUCAAUAUGGAGCGAAUGUUUGUACAAGAGGUCCUGGAUAUUGGUGUCAAAACGAACAGACUGCCAACGAAUGUAAUACGCUAGAGCUUUGUCGCACUCGUUACUGGAAUUCAAGAUCCAAAAGAUCUCCUCAAUAUGGAGCGAACGUAUGUACAAGAGGUCCUGGAUAUUGGUGUCAAAACGAACGGACUGCCAAUGAAUGCAAUACUCUUGAACUUUGUCGCACUCGCUAUUGGAAUACAAAAUCCAAAAGGUCUCCACAACUUGGAGCGAAUGUAUGUACAAGAGGUCCUGGAUAUUGGUGUCAAAACGAACAAACAGCCAAUGAAUGUAAUACGCUACAGCUUUGCCGCACUCGUUACUGGAAUACAAGAUCCAAAAGAUCUCCUCAAUAUGGAGCGAACGUAUGUACAAGGGGUCCUGGAUAUUGGUGUCAAAACGAACGGACUGCCAAUGAAUGCAAUACUCUUGAACUUUGUCGCACUCGCUAUUGGAAUACAAAAUCCAAAAGGUCUCCGCAAUUUGGAGCAAAUGUAUGUACAAGAGGUCCUGGAUAUUGGUGUCAAAACGAACAAACAGCCAAUGAAUGUAAUACGCUACAGCUUUGCCGCACUCGUUACUGGAAUACAAGAUCCAAAAGAUCUCCUCAAUAUGGAGCGAACGUAUGUACAAGGGGUCCUGGAUAUUGGUGUCAAAACGAACGGACUGCCAAUGAAUGCAAUACUCUUGAACUUUGUCGCACUCGCUAUUGGAAUACAAAAUCCAAAAGGUCUCCGCAAUUUGGAGCAAAUGUAUGUACAAGAGGUCCUGGAUAUUGGUGUCAAAACGAACAAACAGCCAAUGAAUGUAAUACGCUACAGCUUUGCCGUACUCGUUAUUGGAAUACAAGAUCCAAAAGAUCUCCUCAAUAUGGAGCGAACGUAUGUACAAGGGGUCCAGGAUAUUGGUGUCAAAACGAACGGACUGCCAAUGAAUGCAAUACUCUUGAACUUUGUCGCACUCGCUAUUGGAAUACAAAAUCCAAAAGGUCUCCGCAAUUUGGAGCAAAUGUAUGUACAAGAGGUCCUGGAUAUUGGUGUCAAAACGAACAAACAGCCAAUGAAUGUAAUACGCUACAGCUUUGCCGCACUCGUUAUUGGAAUUCAAGAUCCAAACGAUCUCCUCAAUAUGGAGCGAAUGUAUGUACAAGGGGUCCUGGAUAUUGGUGUCAAAACGAACAGACUGCUAAUGAAUGCAAUACACUGGAGGUUUGCCGCACUCGUUACUGGAAUUCAAGAUCCAAAAGAUCUCCUCAAUAUGGAGUGAAUGUAUGUACAAGAGGUCCUGGAUAUUGGUGUCAAAAUGAACAAACUGCUAAGGAAUGUAAUACUCUUGAAAUUUGUCGGACUCGUUACUGGAAGACAAAAUAACGAAAUAAGUACGUGGAGAAUUUAUUUGAAUUUUUAGGAAAUGUAAUUGACUAACACAAAAUAACGAAAUAAGUAUUGGGAGAAUUUAUUUGAAAUUUUAGGAAAUGUAAUUGAGUAGUACAAAUAUAUAGUAUAAAAUUUG